UCAUGUGCUUUUUUUUCCUCCCCCAAGGACGGAGCUGAAAAGAAAAUUGUUGCACUUUUCGCUUAGAAAGGUGCCCAACAGAACCAGAGCGGCACAGAAGCAACAAGAGAAACAAAUAUCGGAAAGGGAUUUAGAGUCAUACAGCAAAAUUAAGUAGUAGAUGGGUGGAGUGAAUAAUUAAACAUUCAGAGCUGUUUGUUUUUUUAGUACUUAUACGUAGGCCUAGUAAGAAGGGCUGUGACAAUGCACUCCCGGAAUCGCAUUUCAUCCUCAAAGCUCAAGAGAUACUGUGAGAUCAUCAAGCGCCCCAUGUGGCUGGAUAAAGUCAAGGAGAAGCUCCUGGAGCAGAAGUACCAGCAGGUGGGCCAGUUCGUCCAGGACGUCCGGCUCAUCUUCCAGAACUGUGUCCAGUACAACAAGAAAUACUUCUACAAGAGAAUGGGGAAAGAGCUCGGGAGGUUCUUCGAGAGGCAGUUCGAACACGUGUUCAACAUCGGCUACGAAGACCAGAAGCCCUGGCAGCCAUAAUGAGGGCGAUGUGAAAAGAUCGCAGUCGCUGUGGUUUAUAGCGCAGCCUGGAGGACAUUCUGUACACCUGCUCCCCAGGAUCCACAGCUUUCCUCAAGCCAAUAAGAGACCCAGCUCUCUCUAAAUCAGAAGCAGUUAUUCUCAGCUGUGGCCUGCACACGUACAGAGAAUCGCCUUUAUCUGCCCUGGCUGUGUCUGCAGUGAGGAAGGAGGGACAGGGCAGCAGGACUGAGGCUCAGCAGAGUUUACUGUCCUGUAAUGGUUAACGGGUCUUUCAAAAUACAGGCGAAAAGAAAAAGGUUUCUGGAAAAGAGUUUUUGAUGUACAUUCUGUAUAUGUGGAAUCGGUACAAAUUACAUCAUGUAACUUACAAUGCACAGCUGUGUGUGUCCCUUAUAUGGCAGAAACCUACAGCCAGUUUUAAAUUGGUGUAGCAACUGACCCUUCAACUUAACCAACAACCUGCUCAAGCUGUAAAUUGGGCUUACAGACAGGGAACAAAAGAUCUGAAUUUAGCAAACUUUGCAUAAAAAACGUACAUCUAUUUCAGUUACAGCUCCCCUGAGUUUAAAAAUCAAUGAGUUUAAAAAACAAUCUAAUAUUACUUCAUGAAUGCAUAGAUAAAUUUCCCAUCCCUCAGUCCCCGAUACUGCGGCGAGAGUUCGGGCAUCCCUCCUCUCCCUCUUCUCUCCCUGUUGUUCUUCACCCUUGAUUUCA